CACACACACACACACACACACACACACACACACACAGACUUACACACACCUACACACACACACACACCCUUGUGCUCUAUCGCUCAUAAUCACACUCAGCUUUUUACCUGGAGAGGGCAGGCGCAAGGAACGGCAUGAGCACAGCAGCAGCAGUCUCUCCUCUCGUCUAGCGCUGCCUGUCUGAGUUGGCUCUUUCUGGAGAGUGGAGAGGAACUCUGAAAAGAGAUUUGGGAGUCUUUGUCCCUUGGCGAAAGCAGGCAAGACGGGGGCAGUGAGGGAGCACUUGUCAACCCAGGGACACCAGAGGCAAAGCACAUCAUGAUUUUGGGAGGCAUACAUCGGGCCGGGGCGGCAAUGCCAACGUUCUUGCGGACCCCCACAAUGAUGCAGCCCCACCUGGACAUGAAACCCUUCCUACCAUUCCCCAUGGACAGGACCCCUCAUCCGCACAGCAUGAACCUCUUCCACAACUUCAACACGAUGGAUCCUGUGCAGAAGGCUGUGAUCAACCACACCUUUGGAGUUCCACUGAUCAAGACAAAGCGGCCAGUCAUCUCCUGUAAUGUUUGCCAGAUCCGCUUCAAUUCAGAGAGUCAGGCAGAAGCCCACUACAAAGGAAACCGGCAUGCCAGGAGAGUGAAAGGCAUUGAGACCUCAAAGAGUCGCCCCCACGAGGGUGACAAGCCUCAUACUGUGCCCCCCACCUCCUCCCCGUCUCCGCCCAUCGCCCCUGGAACUGUCCUAGACAUCGGACCAAACAAAGCGGAUGAAACACAGCCUCUGUCACAAUUAAACGGGUCCCUGCUGGCCCCGGGGCCCCUUUCCCCCUUUACCACCCCACCUACCCCACCCAUGGACUUCCCCAUGGCCUCGGUGUGCCCCCUCCUGCCCACCCCCACUCCUCUCCUGAACCCCCCUUCUUCAUCCUCCCCAGGCUGCAGCACUGGCAGUGCCAGCUCAGAGCAGUCUGGAUCUGGACCCCCUGUGUCAGGAGCCGGUGACACCUCCAGCCCGUCCAAUCCGGAGACGGAGGAGGACAAGGCCAAGAAGCUGCUGUACUGCUCCCUGUGCAAGGUGGCUGUCAAUUCCAUGUCGCAGCUGGAGGCCCACAACAAAGGAACCAAACACAAAACUAUCCUGGAGGCACGGAGCGGGCUGGGCCCCAUCAAGGCGUAUCCUCGCCUUGGCCCCAAGCCUAUCGGAGAGCAGGGAGGGGGGCCGGUGGACCCCGACACUCAGGAACAAACCUUCCACUGUGAGAUCUGCAAUGUGCGGGUCAACUCUGAACUGCAACUCAAACAGCACAUAUCAAGUCGAAGGCACCGGGACGGCAUGGCGGGCAAGCCUAACCCCCUCCUCAGCCGACACAAGAAGCACAGGGGACCUGAUCUGGUGUCUUCAUUGACCUUCUCCAAGGAUCUGACCAAAGCUUUGGGUGCAAGGCUCUUGCACAACCCCCUGGCUGUUGCUGCAGCAAUGGCCGCCGCAGCUUCCUCGAACCAGAUGGCUCUCCGUGCUGUGGCUCCUGGGCACCUCCCGCACCAUCACCUAUUGCAAGGCCAUCAUCUCAGCCAUCUCCUGAGACCCGCGCCGGGGCCCAUGCGCACCACCCACGGGCCAAUCCUCUUCUCCCCUUACUGACACAUCCCCCUCUGACUUCGGCCAGUCAGGAGCAGGCACUCCAAAAGCACACUGUGAAGACACUAACAUGAUCAACAAACAGCAAUUGAGAGAGGAAAACCCAACAAUUUAAAUACUGAACUGAGAGAAAUGCAAGGGAACGAAGCAGCAGCAAGGAGUAGAUAUGUCUUUCUUCCCUUUACCUGGCACUCUCCAUCCAUUUCAAAGACUUCUUGAUGAUUCACAAAUGGAAUGAAUAGAGGAGAGACUUUCAUUGAACUUCCUUGUACAUCUCUCAUCUCACCUCGUCCCUCUCCCUUGCACUGUGGCCCUGUCAUGGCCGCCUCGAUAGCUAAGGAAGAAACACAUGCACAUCUUUCGAGAAACAUUAAACCACAUUUAGGUUCCAUCAUUAUUCCAGGCCAGGUUGGUUUUCACCUGUCAUCACGGCUCAACGUGUUCUACUCAUCCUAUUCACCUCAAAAACAAAGACAAUAAUGUUAUGUCAGUAGGUAGCUGCUUCAAUCGGUCUUCGCUCAUUGCGCCACAUGUCGCUGUGGCGGCCUCCACGGUACUGUACAUGUCCCCUUCAGUGCCGGAGGACAGCAACUUUUCAGUUUGUGACACUAGGUCCUUGCUAGAUACAACAUGACCUGUGCUAGACGGGCAGGUGGUAGCAGCAUCUGAACAUGUCUGAUGGUGGGGGUCUAAGAGAGGAGAAAAGUGACUGUGGGGGAUUGCACUCUGCUUUCAAUUCCUGAGACGGUGUGAUGAGAAGAGGCUUGGAACGGGUCAGUGGAUAAAUUGACUCUAGGCAGCAUGCAGACCCACACAGGCCCCAACAAAUCUGUGUUUUAAAAUAGACGACUCCACAGGGCACAUCUGCCAACCUCCAUAUCAAUCAGAGAUUGGCCCCCCCUAAAGGGGAACCAGGAUGUGAGAAAUGGCAGAAGUUGUUUGAUGGCAAUAAUUUAUUCUUUUAUUAACAGUAAUGAGAAAUACUGGAGAGCAUAGUUCAUAUGUAUUUGUUCAGACAUCUGUUCACAUUAGGCCAUCACAAAGAAAGUGAUCGACAUCCUGACAACUCCCUGGUCUUUAUGUGCAGGCUGAUUCACUGUGUCGGUGGGGAGGUGUGCUUUAGGUGCGACCCUGUGUACUGAUGUAUUUAUGUCUUUUCUGCAUGCAGCCGCUCAAUACGAUCGUGAAGGGUCAAGCUACUGAACUCUUCCAUUGCUGCCCUCCUCUCCUCCUCCCCCAUCUACAAAGGUUAAUAUGAGUCUAUAGCAGAGGGCGCAUCAACACUGGCAAACAUAAUGCUCAAAGAGAACAAAUUAAAGAGAGGAACAUGAAAGCCAAAGAUAUUCUUGGAGAAAUGAUCUUGAGCUGCAGUGACAACCGAGCCAGAAGCCCGACAAGGCCGCCCAGGCCAAGGAGCCGAGACGUCCAGCUCAGAGCAUCUACCGAUCGUGUCUGUCUUACAGCUGAAAGCCAUGAAAUGCACCAUGAUUAGUUUUCUCAUACAAAGAUGGGUGAGACUUUUGUUUGGUUUGGAUUUUUGGUUUGCAUUUAUAUCACCCAUAAAGAAGAGCAACAUGUGAGACACAAUAAAAAUAUUGUUGUAGGUAGGAAAUGUUAAUAACUGCGUCCAUAGAUAAGAAGAUGGGUAGAAUUAUUGGAUGGUGUUGAAUCAGACACAAAAACUAGCUAAGUAGCUGCAGACCGAUCUUGCUCGUCAGCUUGAAAACGUUCACCUCUUUCUGAACCAGAUGUACACUGUGCCCUUUCAUUGAGAAGCAAUGAGCUCUAAUGUCUUACCUUUGUCUGAAUAUUGCAAUGCAAUGAGCAAUUUUUAUCAGAGUGACUUGUUAUCGUUGUGACAUGUUGUCUGGAGUCAUGUGUAAACUGGGAGCACACCAGCUAACAGACUUUUCAGUUCUUCCAUGAGGAGUGUAGCCUACAAACACUCAAAAGGGAUUGAGAGAGAGAGAGACAGAGGAGUAGCUGGGUUUAGGGACCGCCCUUCAUAUUAAAGGGUCUUUUUACUAUGGUAAUCUCUGCUUGGGGAACAGGGUACGACACCAGGUAUCAAGGGAUAAAAGCUAAAGUUAUUCAACAGGCUUAUUUUUUACGUUAUUUUUAUUCUUUGUGUGUGUGAGAAAUGUGUUUCAGUGGAAAUCCUGAGGAACCAUAUUAAUGCCAUUACUUACAGAAGAAGCUGGCUUGGUGUCAGCUCCCACCGUUGUGCUCUUUUCGUUGCUGAACGAAACCAUCUUUGUGAGUGAGAUUCUAUUCCAGGAUCUGUGCUCUCCUUCCUGUUGGUUUGUGUACCAUGUAUUCUGUGUGUGUUGAGACCUGUUCUCCUACUUCCCACCAAUCACAGACCGAAGCAACCUGGAGCUAUAAAGUGGCCUAACAAAAUAUUGGAGACAGAAACCUGCACCUUUGAUUUCGGAAUAUUGAUCUGGAUUCUAGAUGCUUGAUCAAUGACCCAAUCAAAGUCGUGUCGUGGUCUUGUCCCUGGUAGGUCAGUCAAGUAGCACCACAGUUAUGUUCAUACUGUGGUUAUUCCCACUUAUUCGUCUUCAUUCACAUAUGGGAAAUAAAUGUUAGAUGCCUAUUUUCUGGGCAGGUAUUCCAUGUUAGCUGUGUUUAGGCUAAUAGCCUUAGCCUUAUUCUGCCCUCAGCCUCUCCCGGAGCAGCGAGAGAGAGAGAGAGAGAGAGAGAGAAAGAGAUGGAGAGGCUAUGGUGUAAUUUUGUCUUGCCAAUAAAGUUAUUUUUGAAUUUCAUUGUCAGAAGGGACAACGAGUUUGUAUGGCAAAUCGUAGCAAUACCUGACUCAUUCUGGCUCCUCUUGUUUAUUGCAAUAAGAAAAUGAAACAAUAAAUGUGUAUGUGAGUAAAUCAUUAUAAAUGUAAUUUAAAUCUAAAAAAAACUUUAUGGUCAAUAGUAUUGGUAUCGAGAGAAACCAUGGUGGGAAAAAAGUAAAUGUCAAUAAAUCAUUAAAUGAAA